AUGGGCCCCCGUACCGACUCCUCAUGCUGCUGCCAGGCCCGUAAUCUGUCAUGGGCCCCUGUACCGCCUCCUCAUGCUGCUGCCAGGCCCGUAAUCUGCCAUGGGCCCCCGUACCGACUCCUCAUGCUGCUGCCAGGCCCGUAAUCUGUCAUGGGCCCCUGUACCGCCUCCUCAUGCUGCUGCCAGGUCCAGAGUGUGUCAUGGGUCCCUGUACGGCCUCCCAUUGCUGCUGUCUCCAUCGCCACACUCUGCCAUGUGCCACUUUCAGGUCUCCUCACACUGUUGGUGGGUUCCAUUUUGUCAUAGGGUGCUGGCAGAUUACGGGCCUCCCAUUGCUGCUGCCAGGCCCGUAAUCUGCCAUGGGCCCCCGUACCGACUCCUCAUGCUGCUGCCA